AUGUCCACUUAUAAUCCACAAAACUGUCCAGCGCUGUUCUUCUACGACUACGUCUUGACUUUCUGGAGUGAGGGCGCACUGUUCUGGAAGCCAUGCCGAGUCAACGCCGCCACAGUCUUGUUCCUGCUCAACCGUUACAUUCCUCUCGCAUAUCAGAUACUCAACAUACUCCCUGACCCUCGGUCAUUCAAGAGGUACGUCUACUUCAGCACGGUCCAGAUCAUCCUCGUCAAUAUGGAGUGA